CGGCGGUGGCGGUGGCGGUGGCGGCGGCGGCGGCGCGGGGACCGAAAGGUCCGGCCAUGGCUGCGAACCUCAGCCGGAACGGGCCGGCGCUGCAAGACGCCUACGUGCGGGUGGUCACCGAGAAGUCCCCGACUGACUGUCCUUCCCGUGCUUGAGCCGCGCGGACACGAAUGAAACUGCCGGCCACCAGUCUGGAAGGAGACCCCUCCUCAUCCGUCCACCUCCUCGUGACAGCUUCCAGUGGGCCGUCAGUGUCCAGUACCCCUCAUGCAGUUGCUGGGGUUUUACGGGCUCUCUUUACCUAUGAGGGUAACAGCAAUGACAUCCGUGUGGCUGGCACUGGAGAGGGAGGCCUGGAGGAGAUGGUGGAGGAACUCAACAGCGGGAAGGUGAUGUACGGCUUCUGCAGGGUGAAGGACCCCAACUCCGGCCUGCCCAAAUUUGUCCUCAUCAACUGGACAGGCGAGGGUGUGAACGACGUACGGAAGGGAGCAUGCGCCAACCACGUCAGCACUAUGGCCAGCUUUCUGAAGGGGGCCCAUGUGACCAUCAAUGCUAGGGCCGAGGAGGACGUGGAGCCUGAGUGCAUCAUGCAGAAGGUGGCCAGAGCCUCCGGUGCCAACUAUGCCUUCCACAGGGAGAGCAGCCGUUUCCAGGACACGGGCCCCCAGGCCCCCGUGGGCUCCGUGUACCAGAAGACCAAUGCCAUGUCUGAGAUCAAAAAGGUUGGCAAAGACAGCUUCUGGGCCAAAGCAGAGAAGGAGGAGGAGAACCGCAAGCGAGAGGAGAAGCGGCGGGCAGAGGAGGAGCGGCAGCAGCUGGAGCAGGAGCGCCGGGAACGGGAGCUGCGUGAGGCCGCCCGCAGGGAACAGCGCUAUCGGGAGGAGCAGGGCAGCGAGGCCGCGCCCCAGAGCAGGACAUGUGAGCAGCCAGAAGUGGUUUUGGGGAGCAGACAGGAGCAGGACCCUGGCAGUCCACAGCCAGCACAUCCACGGGACAUUUUCAGACAGAAGGAGAGGGCCCUGUCUACUACAUCCAUCUCCAGCCCCCAGCCAGGCAAACUGCGGAGCCCCUUCCUGCAGAAGCAGCUUACCCAGCCAGAGACCCACCUCAGCAGAGAGCCCGCCCAGGCCACCUCAGGGCCCAGGCCAGGUCUCUGUGAGGAGCCGGCGCCCAGCACGCCGCCGUGCCCGGUGCAGGUAGAAGAGGAGGAAGCUGUGUACGAGGAGCCCCCAGAGCAGGAGACCCUCUAUGAGGAGCCCCCGAUGGUGCAGCAGCAAGAUGCCGGCUCUGAGCACGUGGACCACUACCCAGGGCUGAGCGGGAAGGGGCUCUGUGCCCGGGCCCUGUACGACUACCAGGCAGCCGACGACACAGAGAUCUCCUUCGACCCCGAAAAUCUCAUCACGGGCAUCGAGGUGAUUGACGAGGGCUGGUGGCGCGGCUACGGGCCUGACGGCCACUUUGGCAUGUUUCCCGCCAACUACGUGGAGCUCAUUGAGUGAGGACCCCCCACCGCUGGCUGCUCCGAGGCUGUCCUUCCCUUCCCCACCCAGGCGUGCUUUCCUUCUUACCGGGGGACGUGGCGUGUGUGGCUCGAGAGCCGCUCAGCAGUCCUCCAAGAAUGGGACCCCCAGAGAAGAUGAGCCCUCGGGGUUCCCGCAGACGCCUCAAUGCAGCUGAUUCCCAACACCUGCUUCUGGCAGCUCCUGGCCCGCCCCCGCCCCCGCCCCACCAGCCUUGCCUUUGACCCCCACGGAGGACACUGAGCCAAGCCCUGCCCAUGGCCAGCCCCUCAGUGACCUCUGCCUGAGGAGAGUGGCACUGCUGAGCCGGGCGGUCUGAGCAGGGGCAUUUCCUUAUCUCCUCUUCCUCUUGGCUCUGAAGAGUGGUGGUUACAGCUGUUAGUGACCCUCGGGAACAGUGAACUUAAGAGUUUAUGACCAAAGUCUCGGGUCGUGACAGUUUGGGCAGCAUCAGAUCACCCUUCCGGACCCUGCCCUGUGUCCCCAGUUCUGUCCCUCUGCCGGGGCUGAGCACGCCCCCCCACCCCCGAGUGUAUGAAGGAAGGGAUGGGAGCGUCCUUCUGUGUACCACACCCCCCACAAUGGCUCCAGCCUGUGCCUGCUGUCCCGCCCCAGGUGCCCCAGGCGCCCCAGGCCUGUCUGCUUUCAGAGGAGAAUUGCCCCAUGCAGGCCCCAGUUGUGACCCACCCUGCUGUGGCCUGAAUGCCCCCGUGUGGAAACAGACCCCUUCCUGGGUGUCUGUGGGACGCGUGUGCAGGUGUGUGUGUGUGCACGUGCACCCUCAGACCUCAGGCCAGACAGCCACCUGGGAGAGGCAUAAACAUGAAGCUGUGACCACA